CAGCCACACUUGCAUUUAUGCGAAUUUAUUUUGGUGUACUUUUUAAUGCAGGUUAUCAAAGAUGACAUGGCGAUGACAUACCACAUGGAAGGAUCUGUCGAUGGGCAUUUCUUUACAAUCGAGGGUGAAGGCAGCGGGAAACCGUACGAGUAAGUCGAUCAAUACAACUCCCUUCAUCUUUAGGUCAUGUACAUGUUAAGUGCAAUAGCUCUUCACUGUUAUCAGUCGGGAGAACGAGAUUUCUAACACCAGAAAGCUCAGAAACAAUUCCGAGCUCCAGGUGAGAAUCGAACUCACGACCCUCUGAGUUCUAGUUCGGAUGCCCUUGAACCACCGAGCCACUGGAGGCUCUAUUAACCCUUUACUAGGCCCUGAGAUCAAAAUUUGAAUUCUCAUUUGUUGCCCUUAUUCAUCUCUAACAGAAGUAGUAAGGAGAAAUUGAUAAAAUAUCAAGCAAAUUCAGCUUGUAUGAUCAUUUCCGUAAUUCGCAUGACCGUGUCCGUUUUACAAAGCAUUGAUAUUACAAGCAGAAAUUUGAUGCUGAUCACUGUUAGCGCCUAUUGGUUGAAGGCGCGAGCCGGGUUGAUAUUUAAUUAUAACUACACCAGUCAUUAAGUUCAUUUAAGAGAAUAAAGCUCGUCAUCAACUUGGGAAUAUUUUUACGUUGCAAAGUCAAAUUCUCAAAUUAUUUUAAAUCAGCUGUACUGAGUAUAAAGCGAAAGAUUAUGAAAACUCAAUCAUGCCAAAAAAGUAUUAUGGCCUUUGGUGCAAUAGAAAGUUCUAUGAAGUGAAAGUGGUUUUACUGAUCAUCACCAGAAAUUAAUAACGACUUUCCUUUGAAUGGUAAAUUUGACACGGAUAUGAUGAAACACGUUGGUAUUCAGCAAUAGGCGACGACGAUGGUUAAUUUUUUGCUGAUAGAUCAGGAUCAAACGUCAUUUAUAUCAUCAUGAUACUAUUAUCUUAACGGUGAUUCUGCCACAGUGAUGACCUGACCCUUUAUUUCCGGACGGAUUAGUUUUUUUUCUGAAAAGGAAACAAAUGAAAACUUAUUACAUUAAAAUAAACCUUUUCAACAGUGUUAAAUGCUUUGGGGUGUAGUUAAGUAUUAUGAAAGAGGUAUUUUUUCGCAAUAGGACUUGCCAAUAAUAAACCCUUGUCGACUGGCGCGAAUUAGCAUUAAUUGGAGAAUCGAAAUGAAACUAAAGUAUGUAGCAGGCUGUCCUAAACCUUUCCCGCUAUUUAGUUAAAUUACACUGGUAAAUGGGCAGUGUUUAGCCUAGUUCUCAAAAGGCUCCUCUCUGCUUUUCAUAUUUUGUUUAAUUCGUUUUUGUGUUUGUUGUUUUCAUUUUUUGUAGAGGAAAACAGACUUUAAAACUGCGAGUAACCAAGGGUGGACCCCUCCCAUUCUCCUUUGACAUAUUGUCAUCUGUGUUUUGCUAUGGUAACAGAGCCUUCACCGAUUAUCCUAAAGGAAUCGUUGACUAUUUCAAGCCAUCAUUUCCUGAUGGAUACACAUGGGAAAGAAGUCUUCAAUUUGAAGAUGGCGGAUCUUGCAUAGCCAAUGUGGAUAUAAGGUAUAAAUUUACUAAUUUUACGAUCAAAGACGCUUAAAAUUUAGAAUUAACUAAUUAAUUAUAAGAAAUAUAACAAUAUUGAUAACAAUAAUAAUAAAAAUAAUACAAAAAUAAAUUUUGUUACUGUCUCAUAAGUUCCUUUUACGUCGAUAGCCUUGACAGUAAAUGCAACUGCUUUAUCCACAAGUCCACUUUCACUGGGAUGAAUUUUGCUGCUGAUGGACCAGUGAUGCAAAAAAGAACAACUAAUUGGGAGCCUUCCGUCGAGAAAAUGACUGUGAGCGAGGGGAUAUUGAAGGGAGUUGUUACCAUGUUCCUCUCGCUGAAAGAUGGGAAAAAGCACCGUUGCCAGUUCCAUACGUUAUACAAGUAUGUUUUUUAA